AUGGCAGCUACAUAUUUUCCAUUUGCAGAAACAGCUGCAUUAGUGACUCUGAUCGUGCAAAUUCUUCUCGUUUCGCAGACGCAGCAGCAGCAGCCUCCUGAGGCACUGCCUGCUGGAGCGGCGGCGGCGAUCGAGCAACCCCAGGGAACGGUGACCCGGCAGCAGCCCCCUCAGGAGACGGCGAAUGAUCCGGUGAAGCUGCAAGCGGGGAUUGCGCCGCUCAAGGAGGGCGUGGCGAAGGUGAACGAGAUGGCGACCUUGCUGCAGGACGGCGCAGCAAUGGUGCAGGACGCGGGGGCGAAACAGCAGAGCUCGAUUUUGAAGGACGGGGCGGGGAAGGUGCAGGCGGGGUUGACCGGGAUGGGAGAGGCGAUGGACUUGCUAAAGAACGGCUCUACAUCGAUUCUGGACGGCACAGGGACGAGUAUCUUCGCACCGGUGAAGGAGGCGGCGGAAACUCUGUUUGCGGGGAUGGCGGGGCUGGGGGAAGCGGUGGACGCGCUGGGAGGCGGGACGGUGAUUGUGGCGGACGGAGUGGAGAAGCGGCAGCAGGAGGUGGUAAAGGAGGGGUCGUUGAAGCUGCAGGGGGGAAUUGCGUCGCUGCAAAAAGCCGUGGUGCUGCUUCUGGACGGCGCGGUGAAGCUGCAGGACGCGGCGACCAAGGGGCUGGCGAAGUAG